UUAGGGCAAAUCCACCGCUAUAGGAUAUAUUUUCUAUAGUAAAAAUGGGAAAAGUUUGCAUCGUAAACAGUUGCCAAAGUGGGCGUAAGAGGAAAAAACAGAAAAAUGUUACGAAAUCCGUAUCUUUUUUCCAACCAACGGUAAGUAUGUAAUUUUCACUACACCUUAUAAAACAAAGUCCCCCGCCGCGACUGUCUGUUCGUGGGUUUGAAUGUAUCUUUGCGAUAAACAAACUACUGGACGGUUUCAGUUCGAUUUUCAUGCGGUUUUCACCUAUCAAUAGAGUGAUUCUUGAGGAAGGUUUACUUAUAUAAUUUGUUGACUAGUGCGAAGCCGGUCGCUAGUUAUUUAAUAAAAUAUUAUAUUGUGAUUUUUAUAUUUUUCUUAUAAAUUUCACAAUUUCACUUCAACAAUUCUUCAUUUUUCUAUUAAUUCUCAGACUCCGGCACGGUUGGAAAGUUGGAAAAAGUCGUUAGGAAUUGCAUUAAAAGCAAAUGAUUAUAUUUGCCAUCUUCAUUUUAAAGAAGAAAAUAUAAAUAUGUACGAAAAGUUAACUAUUAAAGGAGAGCUCAAAUAUAUUCCUACACAAAGAAAAACGCUUAAGGAAGAAGCUGUGCCCACGAUUGAGCAUCAGUUUAUUCCCAUUCCCGAACAUGAACUCCAAGCCAAUACUAUUCACAUAGAGGAAUCUUUCGAACCAUACCCCAAUCAACCUAAGGACGAGCAGCAACAACAAAUCAAUGCCGAGCAACAGGAAUUAUCAGAAGAUCAAAAUGAUUCUAAUUAUUUAAUGGAUUAUGAAAUGAUACAACAGGACUUUGCGGAACCAUUGUUUAGUCAAUAUCAGGAUACUAAUGUAACAAUAAAUCCAAUAGAGAAUUUUAAAAGUAAGUUUCGGGCAUUUUCGUUGUUGCCGCCUUUUUGGCUACAUGCAGAAAAUCCUAAUGGGCUGGAAUUUAUGCGAAUGGAUCCAAAAACUCAGAAGAUUAAACAUCAUAUACGUUUAAACGAUGAUCUAACUGUCACUGUAAUUUUUCCCAAUAAUGAACAAUUGCCACUAAAGGAGAAAAUUAAUUCAUAUGACAACACCUACGAUUACUUAAAAUCGGUUGAAAGAUGGCCUUUGUGCGUUGGUACUCAGAUUGACGACAAUAAGUAAGUUUUGGUAGAUUGUUAACCAAGGGAUGAACGCAGUGAGAGUAUAGUCCGAGGCUAAAAUGAUGCCAUUCACCCGAGUUAAACACUCUACUUUUCAUUUCGAAUACGAGGAACCUAGCCCCAAAGCUUGUACUAUGGGUGUAGGCGAUAAUACAACUGUUUGCAGUCGUCUUAUGAAUAUAUAUACCAUAAUGUAACAGUUGUAUUUAAAAUAAAAGGAUA